AUGAUUAAGGUUCAGAAAUGCUGCAUGUGUGUGAGAUUAUCAACUUUUUCGAUAGUGCUGGGAUGUACUUAUUCGUUCCUUAGCAUUACAAUUGUUCUUAUUAUUGGAAGCUUCUUAUUGAAUUACGAUAAUUUAAUGUCCUCAUUCUACGAAAAGGAAGACUUUGAUAGUGUCCGGAUCGCAACAUUUUUGGAGAAAUGGAAGAAUGUUGUGGUCACGAUCCUAAUUAUAUACAUAAGUCUUCAAGCAUUAAGCUUUAUGAGCUCAUUAGCACUUGUAUGUGGAACAAUUCAUAACCGUCCAAAACUCAUAAUCUCGUGGUUAGUUAUACAAUCGUUCAUAAUUUUAUUUUGGAUAUUCGCAUCUUUUGCUACAAAUGACUUUUACAUGCUUCUUUACACAUUGCUAACGAUAUACUUUUGGGUAUGCAUUUAUUCACUAUAUACCAACAUGAAUCUUCAUUUUUAUAGAUAUAGCGAUUCAUUUUAUGGAAUACAAAAUGUUUAA